CGGGUGGGGAGGCGGGCGUGUCCGGGAGCCGGCCGCGAAGGGGCCGCGGGCUGUGGGGGCGCUGGGGAAGCCGUCCGCCCCCUGCUCCUGCGCGCCCCGGGCCGGGUGCUGGUUAUGGCUCCGCCCCUGGGCCCCGGCCAGUGCCGGGCGGGCGGGAAAGACGAGGACCGCUGGGAGGCACGGGGGGAUCGCAAGGUGCAGGCCGGGGCCCGGGCCGGGGGGCGGAGGGCGGAGGCCGGGCCGGGGCUCAGGCCGUGCGCUCUCUCUCAGGCCCGGAAGCCCCUGGUGGAGAAGAAGCGGCGUGCGCGGAUCAACGAGAGCCUGCAGGAGCUGCGGCUGCUGCUCGCCGGCGCCGAGGUGCGGGCUGGCGGGCGGCGGGGGCUAGGAGCCGGCGGGGAGCGGGCGGGCCCGGCCUCACCACCCCCCUCCACCGGCGCCCCGCCGGGGCAGGUGCAGGCCAAGCUGGAGAACGCCGAGGUGCUGGAGCUGACGGUGCGGCGCGUGCAGGGCGCGCUGCGGGGCCGGGCGCGCGAGCGCGAGCAGCUGCAGGCGGAAGCGAGCGAGCGCUUCGCCGCCGGCUACAUCCAGUGCAUGCACGAGGUGCACACGUUCGUGUCCACGUGCCAGGCCAUCGACGCCACUGUCGCCGCAGAGCUCCUCAACCACCUGCUGGAGUCCAUGCCCCUGCGCGAGGGCAGCAGCUUCCGGGACCUGCUGGGGAGCGCCCUGGCCCGGCCGCCGGGAGCCCCUGGACGGAGGGGCUGGCCGGUGGGAGGGGCCCCGGGGUCCCCUCUGCCCAGCUCCCCGGGCUCGGGGGACGACCCGUGCUCCGACCUGGAGGAGGCUCCCGAGGCUGAAAUGAGCCGGGCCCCUGCUGAGGAAGUGGACUUGGUGCCUGCGGCCCUGGGCAGCCUGACCGCGGCCCGCAUAGCCCAGAGCGUCUGGAGGCCUUGGUGACCGACACCCGCUCGGAGUCUGCGGGAGUGGGCGCGGCCUCCCCACGCUCUACUCCCUCCCUUUCCUGGGAUGGGAUGGGGUGGUGCAGCGCCCUAGAUGGCUUUCUGCUACCUCCAGAGGACGGCCCACCAGGCAGCCUCCCGUGCCAGCCGGCUCAGGCCCAUCCUGAUCCCUGUUCCUGGGAGGAGUAACUUGUGGACCCCACAGCUCAAGGGUGGGUGGAGGGAGGCAGGAGGAAGGCUCUCGUAGAGCUCCCUGGGCCAACGGAUUCACCUGUCCCAGUCCUCUUCUCAGGCACUGUGUUGGGGCUGGGGCAGCAGUGACUGGUGAUGCUGAGCCAUGCUGGGGGGACGUCCGGCCCCAGCUGCCCAGGCCAGAGCAGAAGCUGACCUCUGGGAAAGCAGGAGGAGCAGGCCAUGCUGCAGCCUCCCUUCAGGCUGCUCGAUAAGCAGACUGUAUAUCCAGCACAUACAAGUUUGUCUGUUCAUUGUUGCCAUCAAACGAUGCAAUUUUUUUGAAUAAAGGAUUUUGGAGCGUUAGGUACCCCUUUGUAGGAUUACUGAACGAUGGAGUGUCAUUAGUGUGUCACAUGUGUGAUCACCAGGUGGCCGAUGAGGUCUGGCCUGCUCUCCCUGGGAAUGGUGUUAGUCCUGGAGGGGCAGGGAAGUAGCUUGUCCCUGUACCAUUAUCUGGUUUGUGAACUUCUAGAAUAAUAAAACUAAUGCUUAAAGUUA